AUGGGCACUGAGAAUGUGGAUAUAGCCAGAUACAUGUUGCAUCACCCCAACAGAGGACCAAACCGAGGGAGUAUGAUCACUGGAAAAAGCGUUCACAACCAGAGGAUAGAGCGUCUCUGGUUAGAGGUGAAAAAGAAUAUUGUCUUGUACUAUCGAAACAUAUUUUACUACCUGGAACAAUGCAACCUCUUAAACCCUGAUAGUGAAUGUGACUUGUUCAUUUUGCAUUAUGUGUUCUUGCCACGUAUAAACAGGUCUCUGAUUGAAUUGGUUAAUGUUUGGAACAAUCAUCCUUUGAGUACUGCUGGGAAUCGUUCACCCUUACAGCUGUGGCACUCUGGAAUAAAUGCUAUGACCAACUCUGAUUAUCAUGCUAUUGAAGGUGUUUUUGCAGCCCCAGAAGACUGGAACGAGUAUGGAAUUGGAGGUGGGCCCCCACCCAGUUGUGAUACUGAUAAUAAUGUGCAAGUGCCAGAAGUCAACUUUGAACCAACUGAACAACACAUUCAGCAGUUGCAAGAGCACAUUAAUCCAUUAUAUGAUGAUGGUAACCAUGGUAUUAACGUGUAUGUGGCUGCUAUUCUUGUACUAGAGCCUGAAAGUUAA